CAGAUUCGCUUGUCAGUCCUGCUUUUUUGUUAUGGUCGUGUUUGGGCCAGCGCUACCACCGAGCAGCUGUUCGAGCCGGUUUGUGUGAAAAUGUCGAGCCGAGCGCUUCGGAGACUGAAAGGGAAACAGCGGGGACAAGAGGAUAUAAACAUCCGGGACCUUAAACUGACCGACGGAGAAGGGAAAGGAGCGGAAUUAGAGGAGGAAGAAGGCGAAGAGGAGCCGCAGGAGGAGGAGGUGGAAGAGAAGCAGGAGGCGGCCAAGAGCAGCAGCAACCGGAAAGCGAAGAAGAAGAAGAAUAAAAAUCAGAAAAACAUCAGCAACAUUUAUGAACUGAUCGGCGAAGCUGCUGAUACCGAUGGCAACAAAACUCCGAGUGACGAGGAGAGCAUCCCAGCACCAGGAAACCAAGAAAAGUCUGACUCGAACGAAAAGCUGAACAAUAAGAAGAAGAGGAAGAAGAAGAGAAAAAAGGCCUCUGCUGCAGAUGCACCGGAGGAGCCGGUUAAAGGCGACGACAUAGACGCCUUACUGGAGACCAUAGAGAAGGAGAACGGUUUGUCUGUUCAGAGUGAAGAUGGUGGAGUUUCAGGACACAGACCCGUGCUUUAUGUGGAACACAGGAAUCUUAACCCUGAGACUGAACUGAAGCGAUAUUUUGGAGCUCGGGCUGUGCUUGGAGACCAGAGACCCAGACAGAGACAGAGGCAGUUUCAUCGCAGCACGUGGAUGACCACGCCUAAAGACACGUGGGCUCGAUUUAGUCGGCCGGGCGUCUCCAUGAGUCUGCUGGAGUCAAAAGACGGCCUCCACGUCUUUGCGUUCGAGCACAGUCGCGAUUACCAGCAAGUCCAGUUCAAGUUCUUCGAUGCUGUGGAGUCUAUGGAUCCUAAUAACAUUGUGGCCCUGCUACAGCUCAACCCCUACCACAUCGACUCUCUGCUGCAACUCUCUGAUGUGUGUCGCAUUCAGGAGGACCAGGAGACGGCCAGAGACCUGAUCGAGAGGGCUCUGUACAGCUUCGAGUGUGCGUUCCACCCUGUAUUCAGCCUCACCUCAGGGACCAGCAGGUUGGACUACCGGAGAGCAGAGAACAGAGCUUUUUAUCUGGCAGUUUACAAGCACAUGAUGUUCCUGGAGAAAAGAGGAUGUCCACGCACGGCUCUGGAGUACUGCAAACUCAUCCUGAGUCUGGACCCGGAUAAUGAUCCUCUGUGCAUGCUGCUCCUGAUUGAUUUUCUGUGUCUGCGCUGCCGAGAAUACACCUUUCUCAUCCGACUGUACGACGAGUGGGAGGUACAUCGAAACCUGUCCCAGCUGCCUAACUUUGCCUUCUCAGUGGCUCUGGCUUGCUACCACGUGAGUCAGCAAGAGGAGACGACACCUGACGAGAGCCAACGCAUGAAGCUCAGAUCUGACACGCUGCUGCAGGACGCUCUCAUCUUCUUCCCUGGGGUGUUGAUGCCUUUACUGGACCAGUGCUCAGUCCAGCCCGACGCCUCCGUGUCCUCCCACGCAUUCUUUGGUCCCAAAAGCCGUCUGGGGCAGCCCCCUGCUCUGUCGGAGCUCAUGGGUCUGUACGUGGGUCGCUGUCACAGCCUGUGGAAGGAGGCAGGGGUGAUGCUGUGGAUGGAGGGAAACGUUAAGGAGGUGUUGAGGAGGGUCGAUGUUAAGGACCCAGUGGUGGAGGAAUGCCAAAACAAGAGGAAGCAGAGAUACCAGAGCGCUCCCAGGAACAUUCACAGGCACGUACUUCUUUCUGAGAUUAAAGAAGCCACAUCUGCACUGCCUCUGGAAGUGACCACGCAACCAGUGAUGAGUUACGAUCCACUUCCUCCUCUAGAUUCCGUCGUCUCGUACACCAGGCCGGAGAGGCAGAAUCCAAGAGCCUCGAAUGAGAGCACUUUGUCGCUGUUGUUCCGCUCUUUGUUGCCCAACUUCAACCUGCAGGGUGGACAGAGGGCUGAGGAUGACGUGGAAGUUGCACACGCAGGUCGGGAACUGAACCAGGAAGUGAACCGAUUGAUGGUGGCCAUGAGAGACAUGCUGGCUAACAUCCAAUUCCAGGAUCCGCCGAGGGACGACAACCUAGACCGAGACGAGGAGGAGUGGGACUGAGACGAGAAAAUGAUCACUAAAGACAACUGGGCAAAGAUUAGAUGUGGUGGGUUGAGGUGGAGAACUACAAAUCAUGAACAUUCGCAGUCAAUAUAUUUCUAUCCUUUUUCUCCUUCCAAGAAUAAACCUAAAGUUGUCGAUCGAGUCUUAAUUACGAUGAAUCCUCCAGUCUGGAAGUUUAUAUUUAAGAUUGACAGAUGCUGUUAUCCAGAGCGACUUAUAACUCACGGACAUCACGGUGUUAAUCCUAUGCAACCGAGCAUUGUUAUUGUUCCUCCAGGACCCAACGCCGGUUUCUAGAUUCGGACAACCUAUCACACUCUAGCUCGGAUAUCAGAUAUAAUUACUUCGCAUGAUUCCAUCUGCCCUCGUGAUCCAAGUCAUUUCAUCGAUCCAUAAAAUAUCCUGUUCAUCAAUAGGACUGUAGAAUUAAGAAAUUCUCUCAAUUAAUAUUUUUAUUCAUUAAAAGACACUUGCCUGGG